CUCUCUCUUUCUCUCAUCUCUCUCCCUCCUCUCUCUCCAUCUUUGUCUCCAUCUUUGUCUCUCCCUCUAUUUUCUCUGUCUACAUUGAGCUCCCUGGUUGCGCUCACUCAUAUACACAUAGUAUCUGUCAGACUGCUGCGUGGUCUGAGCUGGAGAUCCUCUCCCGCUCUGUGCUGUUGCCUGGCUGUGUCUGUUUGUCUGCAUCACUGCUGCUGUGACUGUCUUUGAGCUUCGUUAGCUGCUGUCACCUGGGACAGGGGGCCUGUCAUCCGCGUGUGUGUUCCGUCUGUCUUCAGCCUCCUUACAAGUAUGUUCCGGAACCCAUGGAUCACUAAUUAUCUCAGCCAUGUCAAAUACGGUUUCGAUGGGCAAGGCUUUGGAACUGAAGCUCCAGUCAAACUCUGCACUUCAACCUCACUGCCAACUGAAGCUCUGAGCUUUCAGAACGACUAUUCAUUCCGGGAAAAGACUGCGCUGGUAAGGAGUGCUACUGAUCUCGACGCAAAUCUUCUGGCAGUCCUUCCCAAAGUUUCAGAAUUAAAGAAACAUUUUGAAAGUGUUGUCUCUAUUGAUUUGGAAAUGAACAGCAGCAAGGAGAGGAUAGCCAGGCGUCUAGAGGGUAUAGAGAGUGACAUUCCUCCUGCCCUGACGCCCAGCUGUACCGGCCUGGUGGUCAACCGUAUCCUGGAGGAGGACCUGCCACGAUACACCCGGGCCUCAGACCCCUGUGAGCCAAUCAUGGUGAAACGUUACAGCAGAGAAGACAUGGAGAUCCCACAAAUGCAGGUGUCCUCCCCAGACAGACGGUCCAGGGCCAGACCGGAGGACCAGCCUGGACCAGCCGCCCAGCCCCACACGGAGCCUUUCCUAUCCCUCCCUGGCGGCCCAGGGGACCCAGUCAGCUCCAAGGCUGAACGGAUCGCCCGCUACAAAGCCGAGCGCCGUCGCCAACUCUCUGAGCGUUACGGCGUCGUCCUGGAUCAGGAGAUCAACAUGGACUACUCCCCCCGUUACUCGCGCUCACGUAGAGAGUCUGACGUCUCCGACAGAGGGGCCCCAGCAGUCACCGAGCGUAGGAGAGAUAGAGAGGAGGUGGAGGAGGGAAGAGAAGGAGGGAGGGAGAGUUCUCGCAGGGCUCCCUACAGCUCCAGACUGGGCCGGGUCUUCAUGCAGGCUCACCCUGCUGAGGCUGACCAAGCUCCUGCCCCAGGCCACGGUUCUGCCCAUACCCAGGCCCCUCCGCCCACCCAGGCCCCUCCGCCCACCCAGGCCCCUCCACCCACCCAGGCCCCUCCGCCCACCCUGGCCACCACCUUCUCAGAGCGGGAGAGGAGGAUAAAUCUGGAGAACUAUCGGCUGGCCCAGGAGAGGACAAUGGCAGGAGGGCCCAGAGGAGCCAGCAGUAGGCCACAGGAUACACUCAAUACCCAACCCCAGCAGACCCUUCCCCAGGCCAGCCCUCUGGACCAGCAUCUCAGUCCCCCUUCAUCCAGGGCCUCAUCCAGUGAGUCUUACAGAGUGGAUGCCGUCCCCAGCUCCCCCCUGACAGCCCGCCGAGCCUCCCUGCCCUACGGCAUCUCCCCCGGGGACCUGUUCGUCGAACAGCAGGCUCAGGCCGUCCUCAGCAGACAUGGCCUGGCAGCCUUGUCUCAGAGCGACUGGUCUCUCCAGACAGACUCCGAAGGUGAUGCUGCCUCUCAGUCUCUUAUCAGCUGGCCAUCCAGGUCUCAUCUGACUCCAAUGGAGCUACAGAACCCAGAAGCUGACGAAGACAAGCUUGAUGAGAGAGCUAAGAUGAGUGUGGCUGCUAAGAGGUCCCUUUUUAGGGAGCUAGAGAGGAUCACAGGUAGCGUUCCCAGACCACGGUCCCGUGAGAGGCGUCUGUUACGAGUCCAAGACCGCUCGCACACACAGCCUAUCCCCAACAAGGAAGUGGACAUCGCUCACAACUUGCAGGAGGCGUCACAGCACGGCUCCAGGGUGCGGAGCAUGGGGGAGCAGGAGAGGGAGGCCCAGUCAGGGCAGGCAGAAGAAGGACCAGGGCCUGAGAGGAUGAUGGAGGACCUGGGUCCAGAUGAGCCUGACCUCUCCACUCUCAGCCUGGUGGAGAAGAUGGCCCUGUUCAACCAGCUGUCCACACAGCCCUCCAAGCCUGCCGCUAAGGGGUCUGGGGCCUCCAGUGUGGACACCCGCCAGCGUAGGGCAAACUCCCGCUUCCAGACCCAGCCCAUCACCCAGGGAGAGGUGGCUCAGCUGCAGAAUGGAGACAGGGUCAAGCUAGAGCCGCUAUCUGUUUCCUUGGUCCGCUCCGUGGCAUCCGUCAGCUCACAGCUCUCGGUUGCCACAGUAACCACGGUGAACUCCGGCAUGGGUGACCACUUGGGGAAAUCUACAGCCGUCCCCUACAACCCCCCUGCCCCCACCACUACCACCCUGGACAGAGGAGGGGUGAGGUACUUCAGCCUGACCCAAGGUGGAGACUCCUCCAGUGUCCCUGAACCAGAUGUGUACUCCCCUGGCCUUUCCCUGUCAGAGCAGCAGCAGGCUCACAGCAGGGCACACAGAGGAAGGGCUCCCGGAGCCGGUCGCUCGUUCACUGGCUACAGAGAGGAAGAGGAGGAUGUAUCGGGAGGAGGGACCAGAGAGGAGAGGGAGAGCCGUAGUGGUCCUGGAGGCAGGGAGAGCAGAGACAGCAGGCAGCAGUGGUAUCAGCCCACAGCCCCUGAGCACCAGCCCCAGAGCACCACAGCCCCUGAGCACCAGCCCCAGAGCACCACAGCCCCAGAGCCCCAGCUACCUCAGGCUCAGCAGCGGCACGCCAGCGGUAGCCACGAAAGGGACGCGGAUCACACCAGUGUGUCAUUGAGAACUGCCACAACAGUGGUGUCGUCCAGGAGUGUCUCUCACAGCGCCAGUGGCCAGCAGCAGCAGAUUCAGUCUUUCACCCAGCUUCCCCAGACUCUGCCCAAACCUUACACCCAACAACCCCCACAAAAUCAACCCUAUCCCCAGCCUUACGCUCAUCCACCUCAGCUCCAUCCCCAGCCUUACGCUCAUCCACCUCAGCCCCAUCCCCAGCCUUACGCUCAUCCACCUCAGCCCCAUCCCCAGCCUUACGCUCAUCCACCUCAGCCCCAUCCCCAGCCUUACGCUCAUCCACCUCAGCCCCAUCCCCAGCCUUGCGCUCAUCCACCUCAGCUCCAUCCCCAGCCUUAUGCUCAGCCCCAUCCCCAGCCUUGCGCUCAUCCACCUCAGCUCCAGCUCCAUCCCCAGCCUUACGCUCAUCCACCUCAGCUCCAGCUCCAUCCCCAGCCUUAUGCUCAUCCACCUCAGCCCCAUCCCCAGCCUUACACUCAUCCACCUCAUCCCCAGCCUUACUCUCAUCCACCUCAGCCCCAUCCCUUCACCCAGGCACUUUCAGCCCAGGCCAAGCCCCAGGAAAGGGAGAGGAGAUUCACCCAGCCAUUACCCAAGCCCUACUCUCAGAUAACCCCUCAUACUCAACCCAACGUCCAGUCCUUCUCCCAGCCUCCUCCGCCCCCUCCCCAGACCCUACCCGAGGCCACGUCCUUCCCCCAGUCCCUGGUCAAGUCCAAGUCCCUGCCUCUGGACAGCAGUGACGUCUUCGCAGGACACAGUGUGUCCGACCUCCUCUCCCCCGCCGAGACAGAGCCCUCAGAGAUGUCCACCAAGCAGAUGUCCAUCAAGGAAAGGCUGGCCCUGUUGAAGAAGAGUGGUGACGAGGACUGGAGGAACAGGAUGAAUAAGAAAAAGGAAGUGGUGAAGGUUUCUGUGACUGAGAGACACUCCACAGUACAGGGAUGGGAGGCAGCACAGACCUACAAGAAGAAGGAGGAAAGGAUGCUUAUUGAUGGUUUUGCUGCUGUCACUGUGUCUGAACAGCUGUGGAGGAUGGGAAAGGAGAUGGAGAUCCAGGCUCAGAUGUCCAUAGAGGAGAGGAAGCAGAUCUCUUCAAGGGACGAGGCCUGGGAGUCGACAGGAAAGGGCGUGGCCAACAACUCUACCCAGUACACUGUGACGGAACACAUGGUCAAGAAAGGUCUGACAGCCUCUUCCUCAGCCAUCAGCCCUAUCCUGUCUCCCGUCUCCACAAAACUCAAGAGCAGUGUGACUGGGUACAAACCUCAGGAGGAAAUCGAAACCAGACCAGAGAGGAACUUGGAGUCGGAUAAGAAGCUGGAUAAAUUGGAGACCUUUUGGGGACGUCUGGACAGUAGAGUGGCAGAUCUUCAGGAGACCACUCUGACAGUGACCGAGAAGGCUGUGAAGGAGGUGAUGAGGAUGGACGAUGAGCUCUUCUCCAAGUUCUUCAGUCACGUGGCUGAUUUCCCACGCAUGCCCAGCAGGAUCGAGAUCGACGAUGACUUUGAUGCCAUCUUUGGCAGUCAGGCACCAAAGUUGACCUCUGCCUUAGCGCAGCACAAACGGGCUGUGAGACCGUCUAGGAACGUCCAGUCGUCUAAGAACCCUCUGAAGAUGCUGGGCCAGGAGGACAUCAGACACGAGUACACUGAGCAGAGACUCAACAUCGGCCUCAUAGAGAGCAAGAGGAUGAGGGAUGAGAAGUUGAAUACUAGUACUCAGAUGUACUCCGAUGCGGCCCUGGCUGGGCUGUCCAGUAAGGAGAACUCAAACAACGUGAGUCUGAGGAGCGUCAACAUCUCCGAGCAGAUGUCUAACAACAGCGCUGUGCCCUACAAGAACCUCAUGUUGAUUCAGGUCAAAGGCCGCCGUCACGUUCAGACCAGACUAGUGGAGCCCAGAGCCUCAGCCCUGAACAGUGGAGACUGUUUCCUGUUGGUUACUCCUCAGCACUGUUUUGUCUGGAUGGGAGAGUUUGCUAACGUUAUAGAGAAAGCCAAAGCCUCUGAGCUGGCCACGUGUAUCCAGACUAAGAGGGACCUGGGCUGCAGAGCGAGCCAGAUCCAGACCAUCGAGGAGGGGGUCAACCCCCAGAACCAUGCAGCCACAGCGUUCUGGAAGACCCUGAGAGGGCAGCAGACCUACCAGUCCGCGGGGCCACUAGAGGAAGAUGAGCUGUUUGAAGGUGCCAUCGUGGAGACGAACUGCGUCUUCCGUCUGCUGGAGGAUAAACUGGUUCCUGAUGAUGACCAGUGGGGGAAGGUUCCACGCAGCACUCUACUGCAAUCCAAAGAGGUGCUGGUGUUUGACUUUGGCAGUGAGGUGUAUGUGUGGCACGGUAAGGAGGUGACUCUGGCCCAGAGGAAAGUAGCCUUCCAGCUGGCCAAACACCUGUGGAACGGAACCUUUGACUACACCUGCUGUGACAUCAAUCCUCUAGACCCUGGAGGAUGUAACGCACGCAUACCCUGGAAGGGCCAGGGGCGUCCUGACUGGGCCAUAUUCGGCAGGCUGACACAGCACAAUGAGACAAUCCUGUUCAAGGAGAAGUUUCUGGACUGGACAGACACUAAGAAACCACAACCAAAGAAUAGCAACCUACAAGUCACUGAGCAGAAGGAUUUGCCGGGGUGCGUGUGCAGACCGUAUGAUGCAGGGUUGAUGCUUCCUGUACUCCAGACAGCUGUCAGCACGGUGUUGGAUGGGAUGAACGUUGGCCGAGGCCACGGCUCUGUGGAAGGAGAGGACAGGAUGAGGACUCUAGAGAUCAGCACAGUGUCUGUAGAUGUCUGGCACAUCCUGCAGUUUGACUAUAGCCGGCUGCCCCGGCAGAGUAUAGGCCAGUUCCACGAGGGAGACGCGUACGUUGUGAAGUGGAAGUACAUGGUGAGCGCAGCAGUUGGCAGGAGGCAGAACCCGGAGCUGAGGACCUCCGACCCGGUGAAGGAACAGGGCUGCUACUUCUUCUGGCAGGGACGGAACUCCACCGUGAGAGAGAAAGGAACGUCAGCACUGAUGACAGUGGAGCUGGAGGAGGAGAGAGGGGCCCAGGUCCAGGUACAGCAGGGGAAGGAGCCUCCUUGUUUCCUGCAGUGUUUCAAAGGGGGGAUGAUUAUACACGGUGGGAAGAGAGAGGAGGAAGAGGAGAACAUGCAGACUGAGUGGCGUCUGUACUGCGUGCGAGGGGAGGUCCCUGUAGAGGGACACCUACUGGAGGUGGUCAGUCACUGCAGCAGCCUUCGCUCCAGGAGCUCCAUGAUCCUCCUCAACGUCAACAAGGCCCUGAUUUACCUGUGGCACGGCUGCAAGGCCCAGCAACACACACGGCUGGUGGGCCUCAACGCAGCUCAGAGGAUCAAAGAACAAUGUCCUUUGGAGGCGGGGCUCCACAGCAGCAGUCAGGUGACCAUUACAGAGUGUGACGAGGGAUCAGAGCCCACGGGAUUCUGGGAUGCUGUAGGGAUUAAAGACCGGAAAGCCUACGAUUGUAUGCUGCAAGAUCCGGGUAAAUUCAACUUCACCCCCAGGCUGUUCAAGCUGAGCAGUUCUUCAGGGCAGUUUCUGGCUACAGAGUUCUACCACCCCUCCAGAGCUCCAGACAUGGUCAGCUCUCUGCCCUUCCUACAGGAGGACCUGUACCGCACCUCCCAGCCUGCUCUGUUCCUGGUGGAUAACUUCCAUGAGGUGUACCUGUGGCAGGGCUGGUGGCCCCAGGACAGCGAGAACCCCAGCUCCACCAGGAUAAGAUGGGACAUGGACAGGAAAUGUGCCAUGGAAACAGUGCUGCAGUACUGCAUGGAGAAUAAUGAGAAGAAGUCUCGGAAGUCGUAUCUGAUCCAUGCUGGUCUAGAGCCUCUCACCUUCACCAACGUGUUCCCAAGCUGGGAGCACAGAGGACAUUGCAGAGAUCACUGAGAGGGUGAGUUAUUCACUA